AUGCCGCCAGCCAAUAGCCUUGCCGCCGACCAGCUCACCUUCUUCGAGGCCAAUGGGUACCUCGUGAUGGACUCGUUCUCGAGCGCGGAGGAGGUGCGGGAGAUGCGGGACCGCAUGGCCGAGCUUGUCGCUGGGUUCGAUGGCGCCAGCUCCGCCGUCUUCUCCACCAAGGAUCAUCGGCAGUUGAAGGAUGAUUACUUCUUUAAGAGUGCAGAGAAUAUCUCAUUCUUCUUUGAGGAAAAGGCGUAUGGAGAUGAUGGAUGCUUGAAACAGCCAAAAGAACUUUCAAUUAAUAAAGUUGGGCAUGCAUUACAUGAACUUGAUCCUGUGUUCAAAAAGUUUUCUUUCUCGGAGAGUGUUGCAAGCUUGUUCUCUUCUUUAGGCUACAAGAGGCCUGCAGUCAUUCAAUCUAUGUACAUCUUUAAGCAACCAGGUAUUGGUGGUGAGGUGGUGCCGCACCAAGAUAAUACAUUCCUUUACACGGAACCUCGAACAUGCACAGGGUUGUGGCUUGCACUUGAAGCCGCAACGAUCAACAAUGGUUACCUGUGGGCAAUUCCAGGAUCACACAAAAAGGGUUUGGUGAGGCGUAUGGUCAGAGAUGAAAAUGGUACACAUUUUGAUUGCCCCUCCCCAGCCUAUGAUCAGAAAGAAUUUGUACCGCUGGAAGUAAAAUCUGGUGCUUUGGUGGUUAUACAUGGAGAUCUGAUACAUCAGAGUUUUGAGAACCUUUCUCCAGCGUCAAGACAUGCAUUGAGCUUACAUGUAGUUGAUACUGAAGGAUGUGAAUGGUCCAAAGACAACUGGAUACAGAGGAAAACGGCCCCUGAACCUCUUUAUGUGUCCUAG